AAGUCAGAGAACAGAUCAAAGAAGAAACUCUCUAAGAUCCACUGCUCAGCUCUGGCGUACAUGCUGCAGAUGUCAGAGGAGGUUCUGGAUGAGUUGGACCUGAAGAAGUACAAAACAACAGACGCGGGACGACGAAGACUGAUUCCAGCUGUGAGGAACUGCAGAAAAGCUCUACUUUCUGACUGUGGACUCUCAGAUACUCACUGUGAAGUUGUGGCCUCAGCUCUGAAGUCCAACCCCUCCCAUCUGAAAGAGCUGGACCUGAGUGAAAACUACAACCUGAAGGAUUCAGGAGUGAAGCUGCUGUUUGCUGGAUUGGAGAGUCCAAACUGUAGACUGGAGACUCUGAGGUCUUCUUCUUCCAUCCACAUCACUGUGCCACCCGCCCACUUGACCACCAUGGGGUCUAGAGCCUUUCUAGAGCCGCUCUGCCCCCUGCCUCUGGAACUCCCUCCCACCAGACAUCCGUAA